GUCCCAAACAACACUACUGCCUGCCUAAGCCUUCCCCCAUGCCAUCCCCUUACAAAAGUCACGAGACCCAAUGUCCCUCACAGAGAGAGAGAGAGAUGUCUCCAGACGGGCUGGCAGAGAAACUGAUAGAGAACUUUCAAGCUCCCUUCCCCACCUUCACUCAGCUAGCCUCUAUAUUGCAGUUUCAAACUGAAGUCUUUUAAUUUCACAAGCUUUCGUUAUCAUCCAUCUGAAGUUUUUCACCUCAUAUUUUCUGUCUUUCUCUGUCUUGGUAUCAUGAGACCUGAGAGGAACCCAUUGGACCUCAAUAAUCUGCCUGAGGAGUACGGUCGAGACGGAAAACAGGUGUUUGAGGAAAGCUCCGCCAUUGGUUGUAGGAGAAAGAAAAGUGGCGGAAAGGACGGAAAAGACGAGUAUGGGAAGGUCUACGAGUGUAGGUUUUGCUCCCUCAAGUUCUGCAAGUCUCAAGCUCUUGGUGGACACAUGAAUCGCCAUCGCCAAGAGAGGGAGACAGAGACACUGAACCGGGCUCGUCAGCUGGUCUUCAGUAACGAAAACUUAGCAGCGCAGGGGGUCCCUCAUCUAGGGUUGAGAGAUCUGAAUCUGGGAGGCGGCCAACCCAUCCCAUCAGGAAGCUUUCACCAAAGUGGCAACCUGGGAGAUCCAUCUCUACCCUACAGAUCGGUUUACCCAUCAAGAAUAUUUCCGGGUUCUUCAUCAGCAAUCAUAUCAUCGCCACCACCUCCACCCCAACCACCUUACCUCUAUGCCUCUACCUCUCGCGUUGUGUCUUUCCCAUCUCAUCAGUACCCUCCUCACCCGGUGAACGACUACUUUGUAGGCCACGUACUGGCAGGCAACUCCCACCGACACCCGAAUCAGAACUACGUGGGCUCGGCGGAAUCUAAUUACACUUGCAUCGGGGCUCCUCUGGGACAUGGGUUCCCGCCUGAGGAUGGAGCUGUCCGGGGGACGGACUUGUCAGCAUCGGGUGGUGGUGGAGGGGGAGACGGGUCACUGCGGAAUCAGGAGGAUGGACUGAAUUGGGGUCGUAACUAUGCAGGGACACAGCAACGUUUGGAUCCUUCUUCGAUCAAUCGGUUUCAAGAUGGGUUUUAAGAUUGAGUGAAAGUGGAAGUUCUAAGACCUGCCGUGACACGCCAUUCUCAAAGAUAAACCAAACAACUGACAAAUGGGGUCAUGCAAGAAAGAGGAACCCUUUUUCUUUUUCAAUUGGGCAGCUUUUGAGCUCAUUCAUACUCUCAGCUAGUUUGGCUUUGAGCUGGGUGUCUGUUUGUAUGUGUGUAAAAGGGAAACUAGAGGUGGGGGAGGAGGGGUGCAGGCGGACAAGAAGUUAGAUAUUAACUGAAAGUUUCCAAACCUUUUUGCAUUUCGACUUCGUUUUGCAUGGGAAAGACGAUUUUUCUCUCUUUCUUUGUUUUUAUUUUUGUAUUUCCGUGUCCUUUUCUUUACCUAUAAUCUAUUAUUUGAAACA